GCGUUAGAAACCGACCAACACUCUAACGGUGUUUACCCAUUAUUAAAUUGUAUCAAUUAAAGAAACUAUGAUCCAUACAGUUUUAAUAUUAUCCUUUUUUGGUACGUGUUGGAGUCAAUACGCAUCAGCACCGGCUUAUCAAGAUCAGCGACAAUAUUAUGAGCGACCACCACAAGAUUACCAAGAAGAAACUAACAGCAAACGACCGCCACAAAUCGUCUCUCACAAACAAGCCCUAAGUCAUGACGGCAAUUUUAAAUACGCUUUCGCCUCGGAGAAUGGUCAUCUUCAAGGAGAAUCUAUUGCUCCGGAUGGUUCAAGAACCGGUGCAUAUGAAUACGUGGAUCCACAUGGGAAAAAAAUUUUAGUUAAAUACAUCGCGGGUAAAGAAGGAUUUAAGAUUUUGGAGGGUGCUCAUAUUCCGAGACCGCCACCACAUCCCCAAGCACAACCACAUCCUGGAUAUGGAGGACCUGGACCACAACCACCAGCACAAGUUCAACCAUACAGACAGCCUUCACCUUUGCCGCCGCCACCACCACCACCAAGACAACAAUAUCCAAAUGAAAGGUUGUUUUAUCCGCAACAACUUCCCAAACCCGUUUAUAACGUAAAAUAUCAACCUCAACAACCGCCGAGGUAUUAUGGACCUGAAAGAAGGGAAAAUGAGAUUUUUUCGGAUGCACAAGGAGCUUAUAGGCCUAAAAAUAAAGACGAAGAAUAUCCGGAUGUGGAACCUGGCAAACCGCAUAGUUUUGGGGUAGGGUAUGCGUUCGAGUUUGGAAAGAGUUAGAUGUUUCUGUUUGUGUUGAUAUUAAUUAUUUAAUUUUAUUUU